UUUAGGCCUAGGGAGAGAGCAUUUAACUUUAGAUAGAAAUAUGGUCUUCGGCCCGCAUCCCUUUCAAGACAAUCAUACUAUUUUCUCUCGAUAUUCCCAUGCAUCAACAUGCAAGUGCAGCCGAGAUCAUCAACCCACAGAGGAUAUUACAAAAAACCCGGCUCAGCAACAGCGGGCUUUCAAUUCAAGAUGGCGGACGAAGCGUGGUGGAAUCGCCGUCUGUCUACAAACCAAACUCUUCUUCCGGGAGUAAGCUGUCAUCUUAAAGUUGAAGAUUUAGAUGUGAUAAAAACUGCCAAGCAUGAACUCUCUCUGCUUAGCUGUAAUUUAAUGAAGAAUCAGUUAUGGACUGAGAUGCGAAUACUCCAUGCUGUCAUCUACAAGAACAACAACCAGCACAAAAAGGAGAAAUACUUUCAAGGACUAAAAAAAAUCCACAAGUAUUUGAAUAGCUUGGAACAGAUGUCCCUAGGGAGUACACUGGUAUCUCUGGUGAAGCAACUGCCAAAAAUCAAACAAGAAUCUCCACCCAUAGCUGGCCUAUCACUGCCUUGUGUGAGAUCAGUGGAAAACAUGCUUGUGCAAUUCAUUGGCGCUGCAAAGUUGGCCUUUCAAAUUAUUGAGUAUUCAAAAACUAUAUUUCAACUUGUAAUGGGUCAAAUGGUGCUGGGCUUUUUCCUGAGAUUUCAUGUUGUGAAUGCUUCUUGUAUCAGCAGAUUGAGUAUCCUGUUAAAAGAUUUUUGUCAAAAUCUAUUUGAUGGCUAUAAAUGCUUAUUUGAACUCAUCAAAGUCUUGAGAACUGCUCAAAAUGCAGAUUUAAGUGAAACUUUACAUCUUCCUACUUGCCUGAAGACGUGGUUAGGUACUGACAAAUCUGUAGAUGAAGUUCAAAGUGUUGAUGAAGACACAGUAAAAUCCACAGCCAACCAAAGUGUUUCCCUUCUUGAUAAACUGUUUGCCGAAAGUCCCGUGACUGAUAACAAGCCAAGAGCUAAAUCUUCUACAAUGCUACCAUCAUCUGAUUCAAAUGAUGUUGGAGAAGUGGUGUCACUAGAUGAGUAUAUGCCACAUGGCAGAUUGAUAAAGGAAGAAAAAUGUGUAAAAGAAUCAUCAAACUCAAUCACAGCUCCUAUCCAGAACACAUUAGAGCGGAGGAGUCUAAGUUACAAGGGUUUGGCUGCUGCUAGGCAUGGCAGACAUUCAAGAGGAAAACAAGGUGUGACCAAAGGGCUUUAUCAAAGAAAAACCAAUAAAGAUGAUAGAGUGGGACACAUAACAAGUCUUGUGGAUUUCAAGCCAAAAAUGCACAGAAUAGCAAAACUCUACCAAAAUCAACUAGCAAUGUUGGACAAGGAGAAGUUCCAAUCAAAUGAUGUUACAUCCAAGAAGUUAUUUUAUUCACUUUUGCGCUGGAAACAUUGCAAGAGAAAGAGUUUUGUUAACAGGUGGAAACAGAGAACUGGCCACAGGAUUAAGAGAUCUGAGAAAACAUCUAAAGUUAGGAUUAAUAAUGUGAAUGCUAAAAGGAAGGAAAAACUUGCUGAUUGUAGCAAGGGUUGUGUAGACCAUCAACCUGUAGCAAUGAAGAGUUUGAUGGGUAAAAACAAUAAUGCAGAAAUUGAGGUAGGAACUCUGGAUCUUUUUCAAAGUCAUGACACUCUUGAACAAAAUAGUAAAGUCUCAACAAGUUGUAAAGGGGUUGAUAUUGAUGACAUCUUCAAUGCUUUAGGUGUUUGAGGAACAAAAUACUACAACUAUACUGGUCAACCAUUGUUAUAAAAAGUUAAUUUAUUAAUUUUUUUCUUCACACUACUUCAAAAUGAAGCUUUAUACUUUCUUUAUUGUGAGGAUACCGUCAUCGAUUGAUAGCGCCAGAGGUGGAUCUAGGAGGUAGCAUCUUCGCCCCUCCUUUGCACAAGAUAUAUAACAAAUUUUAAAACUAUCAAGAGAUAAAACUUACUGAUGUUUAUACCCAAAGGUUUGAUUUAAGCAGCUGCCUUGUAUUUUUUAAAGAGGGAGUUCUCUUUAUCUUUAGAUCCACCCUUAGUGCUAUUCCAUAAUCUUCUAAGAUUGAAUUCAUAUACCAUGUACAUUUAGUGAGCUGAACAUGAAACUAGAGUUCACAAUGUACGUACAGAGUACACCAUGACGAAUGUCAUCAAGUGCCAUUAAUCUGUGAGAACGCUUAAAAAUCAUAAAAAUGGAAUUAUAUAUUAUUGAUAUCAA